AAGUAGUAGCCGGUUACAUUGUUGUUAAAGUGCCUGUGAAACACAAAACAAACUGAUGAAAAAUUAUUAGUAAAACGCAUCCAUAAUUUUUUAAAUAAAAUAAAAAAUAACUCCUUCGGCAUGGAAGUUGGUGUUACCUUAAACAACGAACUUGAGGUUCAGAUUGCGGAAGCCUUUUGCAUCUUCGACACGCAUGGGGAUAAGUACAUUGACACCCGCAACGUGGGCAACGUCCUCCGCUUCCUGGGCUGCGUUCCCACAGAGAAGGAGGUCCUUGAGGUCAUGAAAGCCACAGACUCCGUGGACUACCCGGGAGAGGCUCACUUGGCCAAAUUCGUGGCCCACGUCUCCGUUCUGCUCAUGGAUCACAAAAUGGAACCGGCGUCUCCUGCAAAGAUACUGGAGGCCUUUGAAGCCUUGGACCCGGAGAACAAGAAGUACCUAACCAAAGAGUACUUCGGCAAACUGAUGGCCGAGGAUGGCGAGCCGUUCACGGAGCAGGAGCUGGAGGCGAUGUGGCCGGUGGCCAUAGAUCCGAUUACCGGAACCAUUCCCUUCACCUUCUACAUCAACCAACUGAAGCACAAGGCAAAAAUCUACGAAGUAGCUGAUGUGGUGAAGGAGGAAUUGGCCCAGGCUGAAAAGGAGAAGGGUAAAAAACCCCCGCCAACAGUACCGGUGCCUUAAAUACGGAGCAUAAAAAAGUCGAUUUGGUUUUCUAAAUUAUGUGUAUGUAAAACAUCUAUUUAUAAGCUGGCAAACACUUAAAAAAUAAAUGAGUUCAUACAUU